CACAAAAACAACACAGAAAUCCAUGCGUUUUCUGUGCUGCCACAGACAUUUUCCUAGUGCAGUUAUUCUUGGGCUACUGCGUAGGCCUAAUAUUCGUCAUAUACAGUACGUCUCUUCUGUUCGGCUGUAUAUCUAUCUACCAAUUCAUACAGUCAAGCUGCAUUGAGAGAGCUGCUGAAGCACAUACAGUGAAGCGCGCGGAGCAGUGAGGUUUGACAGGAGGCACAGGGGGACUGCUCGAUACUUUUCAUGCAAACAGUUCCCAGAGAAGACAGAGCGAGACAACUGCACUGCAAUUGGACUGAUGUGACAAGACCUUUAUGAUACAAUUUCAACCAAUUGGUUUUGUAACUGAGUGGGACGUUAAGAAAAUGCACCGGUUGGGAAAUUUAAAUUUUAAUCCUUGAUAACCUCUCCAUUAAUCAUGUAGCCUAACAACACUUGUUCGAGCAGGUUUAUUUUGGGAUGGUGUUGCUCGUUUUAUUUUGCUACAUCUCCAGGUGAUUAGAAACCUGCUAUGGAGGAUCUCUUUAGUCAAAAUGAAUCUGAGCACUAACGAUGCCAACUUAUGGGGAAAUGGUUCCUUAUUGGAAUUUCAGGGUGGGAAAGUGGGGAUACCGUGGUUGUCAGAGUCGCCUGUCAACUCCACAAACGCCACUGGCAACGGGACGCAGAUCGAUGAAGUGGAUCUUACCCGUGCCAUCCUGCUCGGCUUGGUCCUGGGGGCUUUCAUCGUGUUUGCCAUCGUGGGCAACAUCCUUGUCAUCCUGGCGGUGGUGACCAACAGGCACCUGCGGACUCCGACCAACUACUUCAUAAUCAACCUGGCAAUUGCCGACCUGCUGCUGGGCACCACCGUGCUGCCGGUGUCUGCCACCCUGGAGAUCCUCAACUACUGGGUGUUCGGCAGGGUCUUCUGUGACAUCUGGGCGGCGGUGGAUGUUCUGUGCUGCACCGCGUCCAUUAUGAGCCUGUGCGUCAUUUCAAUCGACCGUUACAUCGGGGUGAGCCACCCGCUGCAGUACCUGAGCAUAGUGACUGAGAAGCGGGCACUUCUGGCCAUGCUCGGGGUGUGGGUGCUCUCGGUGGUCAUCUCCAUUGGACCCCUCCUUGGGUGGAAGCAGCCACCAUCAGUGGACGACACGGUGUGCCUCAUCACAGAGGAACCGUUUUACGCACUCUUUUCCUCCCUCGGGUCCUUCUAUAUACCGCUGGUUGUUAUCUUGUCCAUGUAUUUUAGGGUUUAUGUAGUCGCCAAACGGACCACCAAGAACUUGGAGGCUGGGGUGAUGAGGGAGAGGAUGAAUACGAGUGAGCUCACGCUCAGAAUCCACAGGGGAUCCCAGAUGCAUGAUGACACAGGCGGUGGCACCAGCAAGGGCCGCGCAACCCAGGCGAGGAGCUCCCUGGCAGUGAAACUUCUGAAAUUCUCCCGGGAGAAGAAAGCAGCAAAAACUUUGGGGGUCGUGGUUGGCAUGUUUACGCUUUGCUGGCUGCCGUUCUUCCUAGCCUUACCCAUUGGGUCUUUCAACCCAGACUUUCGUCCUCCUGAGACGCUGUUCAAGGUGAUCUUCUGGCUGGGCUACUUCAACUCCUGUCUCAACCCCAUCAUCUACCCCUGCUACAGCCGAGAGUUCAAACUGGCCUUCAUACGCAUCCUCCGAUGCCAGUGUCACUAUAGAAGUCGCCCAGGCUGGCGGGCUUCCAACUACCGCACCUCCCACUUCAACUCCUCUGGCCACUCACGGAAGAACUCUGCAGAGUCUGGCUACUCACGGAAGAACUCUGCCUGCCUCAACGGGAGCCAGCGCACCCUGCCCUCCUCAGCCAGCCCCAGCCCCAGCUACCUGCCGUCCUGCGCAGAGGGGGAGACCCUCUCCACCUGCUGGGCCUCUGCCGCCUCCAGGCCCUCCUCUAUGCUGCCUGGAAGUCCUGCUGACUGCCAGCUGUGGACACUGAGGGGGGGUGUGGGGUGUGGAGGGACUCAGAGGGAGAUGUCUCACAGGAAGUCCAGCCAGGGGGUGUUCUCGUUCCCAUGUGGGGAGCAUGGAGGGGACAUACCUGAGGAUAAGGUUUGACUGUCUGGGAGUCUUACAGUCAUCAGUUGUUGUUAAAUGAUUCCUGAUGGGGAUUUAAAUCAUGUUCAGUACCUGAUUGAUGAGGGGGAGUGAUGUAUGGUUCCAUUUACUGUCAGUGAUUCAAGUCAAGUCAAAGUGUCAAUGGUUUUGUAUCGUUGGCAUGGAAAAUGGUUGAAGGAGUAGAGAUGGUGCUACAGUGGCCUCUGCUGUAUGUUAGCAGGUAUUACUGAGCAUCAGGGUCAGUCCAGCAUCUGUUCAAUGGAAUAGUGUCAGAUAGAAAUGACUACAGAUGAAGCUGUCUUGUAUUUCUCAGAGACAUGAUCAAGGCCAGUAGUGAAGCAAUGGGAUAAACCACAUGAACUGUACUUUAUGGAUUUGACCAUAGCAGACCAAUGCAUGCAUCUGUAUCAAGGCUGUACAUACAGGGAGAUUCUCGUUUGGGCCAAAGACCGUCCUCCGUCCUCUCUCCUCCGUGACCCAGAAACCGAUAAGUUGUUUAAUGUUGGAGGAGAGUGUUAAUUCGUUAGUGGGAGAACGGAAGAGUGUCUUCCCCUCCUCAAUGGCCACCUUUCAUCAAGGAUACUCAUGUGUAUCCUAACGCGGAAGAGUUUUGAAAUCUGCCACACCCCCUUUGAAUCAGCUUUUAUGUCAGAGGAGAAAAAAAAUGAACACAUUUAAAAAUAAUAUGCUUCUUAUUGUUUUAUCUAUAAAUGUCUUGAACAACGAAUUUAAUUUGUUUUGAGCACUUUACACGUGUUUGGGGGCUCCACCUGUGUAAAUGUAAUUUUCCUAAUGAUGCGCAAGUGGAGAAGGACCGUCUCAUUUCAAGCAACUGUGUUUUCAUCCACGUUCACUCUCCUCGCCGACUCUCCUGAAUUAACUUUGACCUUUUUCAAAAAGAGGCGAGAGAGGACGGAGGAGAGAGGACGGAGGAGAGAGGACGCAGGAGGUGAGCAAAUCUAAGUGAUAAAAGGCCACAGUAUUGGCCCUAGGACUGGGAGAGACUACACUACCUUGAGACUAUCUGUAGAACUGCACCCUAAUCUGUCAUUCCUUCUCUUUCAGCUGGUCUGAUCUGUAAAUGUUUCUGGUCUCCUGGGGCUGUGGUCAUUCUCUUUCAGCUGGUCUGAUCUGUGAAUGUUUCUGGUCUCCUGGAGCUGUGGUCAUUCUCUUUCAGUUGGUCUGAUCUGUGAAUGUUUCUGGUCUCCUGGGGCUGUGGUCAUUCUCUUUCAGCUGGUCUGAUCUGUGAAUGUUUCUGGUCUCUUGGAGCUGUGGUCAUUCUCUUUCAGUUGGUCUGAUCUGUGAAUGUUUCUGGUCUCCUGGGGCUGUGGUCAUUCUCUUUCAGUUGGUCUGAUCUGUGAAUGUUUCUGGUCUGUGGUCAUUCUCUUUAAGUUGGUCUGAUCUGUGAAUGUUUCUGGUGUGUGGUCAGUCGGAGAAUGGUGCUAUAUGUAAAGAGCAGAUGAUCACAUUUCUGUUAAUGUCACUCAUUGUCUUUAUGGUGUGUUUGCUUAAAUAAAGUAUAACCUGGUUUA